AUGUAUCUCCUCACCGCAGUGGCAGAUAUGAUCCGAAUUUCCUCUUCCUCGCCCGACAACGCAAACGAACUCGGAAGCAAAUACCUACCCGCUCUCCAUCGACUAUGGUCAAACAUGAUCGAAAAGAAAUCUUACGUUACGGGUGGUAUUGGAGCUAUGAAGAAAUGGGAGGGAUUUGGAAUUGACUACUUUCUUCCCACGGAACAGAUGAGGGUGGAUGCUAUGCUGAAACCUAUCGAAUUAAAGAGCGAAUACGCAGAUAUAAUGGAACUCUGCCUAUAUAAUGCAGUUCUAACUGGCAUGAGUUUGGACGGGAAGGCAUUCACUUAUGUGAAUCAAUUAGCCUCAUCUGAUGAGGAUCUAUCACAGCGCCAUGAAUGGUUUGAGUGUGCUUGUUGUCCGCCUAAUGUUACCCGGACGCUGGGGUUUCUUGGUGGUUAUGUCUGGAGUCAGCGGAUUGAGGAGUCGGAAAAAGCUGCAAGUGCAAUUGUCAAUGUGCACUUGUAUACCUCUGCGAUAUUGCGUCUAGAGACAAAGGGAUCCAACUCUGGCAGGAUUCAGAUAAUUCAAAAAACGGAGUGGCCUUGGAGUGGUGAUGUUGAUUUCGAUAUUUCUGCCGAGGAAUCGGGAGAUGUCGAACUCGAACUCGAGCUGCGAUUAAGAAUUCCUGGCUGGGCAUCUGAGUCAUGGGAACGAAUCAUAUUCGAUCCCAAAGUAGCGUUGCGAGAGGAGAGACGGUCUGAUCCUGAUGCCUAUGUCGCUAUUAUUGCGGAGAAAGGUGCUCUGGGACAACUUGAUACUUCCGCAUGGGAUGGGAAAAUCGUGGCUGGCGGUGAAGGCGAAGGCAAAGACACACUUGUAGGGGAGUUGAGAGAUCUUUGUUUCAUCCCUUAUUAUCUGCGCGCAAAUCGAAGAGGAAGAGGGCAGAUGAGGGUGGGAUUACGGGUUUUAUGA